AUGGUCAACCUUUUUGAGCGCGAGUUCGAGGCGUGCGGCGGCGAGUUGGGGUGGUUGAAGGGCCUGGCGGCGUGCAGCCAGAAGCGGAUGCAACAUCUGGACGAGAUGAACCGAUUGCUCGCUCAUCAGCCGUGGCUUUUUGUUGCUGAAGAUAUACGACUAGUUCACGUGGCCAUCGUGAUGGCGCACACGCACGCGCUGUGCUCCUUCGCUGAAGCAUUUGGGGCGGUGCCGGUCGAGAUUUCGAGGUUCACCAACAACCUCGCCUUCACCUACGUCGACUUCUACACGUCGACCCGUAACGACACCACCAAGACGUUCAACCUACACGAGUUCUCCUGGGAUCAGCACGGAUAUAUGAUUCUCGAGGAGCAGUACCAGGAGCUGAUCGCCAAGCUGGACGACAAGUUCAACCUCACGCAGACGCUCACCUAUAAAACUAUGGGCGAGUACACCGACGUCGACACGUCCUCCUACCGUAUGGCGGUGUGGAACUACAUCCAGGCCCUCUUCGGCAUCCGCCACGACGACUACGACUACUCUGAGGUAAACACGAUGCUGUCGAAGGAGAUGAAGACGUUCAUCAAGACCGUCGCGUGCUACCCGCAUCGCGUCACGGAGGCGUUGCGCACGAGCGUGAUGACUGAUUUCAAGAACUCGGAGAAGGUGCACGUGAUGCUCAUGGUGAUGGAGGCGCGUCUCCAGUCCGAGUUGCUGUACUUCACGAGGACGCUGACCAACUACGACCGGCUGGAGCGGACCAUGCUUUGC